AUGAAUCUGAAUCUUUGGAAUACCAAAGAUAUAUUUAUGACUCCAACAAAAAUGGGGUCCCAUAAAUCAUCUGGCUGGAACAGCGCUCCCAGCGAUCAUAACAGUAUGAGUGAUUCUCAGUUCCUUUUUGGCUCCCAGUUCUGCCCAGAGAAUUCACAGUGUGCAUCAGCCCCAGUUGAACUCAGUAUCCAGCAAAGACAGGACAAGAGUUCACAACAAAAUUCUCAGGAGAACGAACUCAGUAUUUUUGCCAAAUACCAGUCUAAACCACAGCUCUUUGGAAGAGAGGAAAAGGAAAAUGUCUCCCUUAAUAAUCUUGCUGGAAGAUUCAAAGGUGUCUUGGAGCAAUUUGAACAGAAUAAGAAAAAGAUCAAGGAAAAAUAUGAUAAUGAUAUUUUAAAUGCUUUUAUUUUGAACACCAAAGAGAGUCUUCAAAGGUUGCAAUCCUCCUUCAAUAUGUUAGAAGAAACUCUGAAAUCUAUUUUGAAUGAUUUGGGAAAUGUUUCUAAGACAAUGCAAGAAACCUCUCAGUCCCAUUAUGGAUUGUUACUGAAUGCCCUUGGUGAGAAAAAUGAAAUGGGACAGAUAUUACUGGGAAUGGAGAAAAGGCUGCAAGAAAAGGACACAGAAAUCUCAGAUCUGAAGUCCAGCCUUCAGUUACUAAAAGAUAGCCUUGAGCAAUUAACAGUUCAGCAGAACAAGCAGCACAUGAAGCUCUGUGAACAGCUGGACCCCAUGAGGCUUUCCAAAAUCCUGAAUGACUUACAAGCAUUCAUUUCUGCACCCAGAGAACCCCAUCACCUCAAGGACAGUGUUUCCCAGACUUCUCUAGACAUGCUGUUGAACCAAUUAUCUUACAGUUCCCACUUGGAUGUUUUAAACAUCUCUCCUAGAAACAAAGACAUUUCUAAUAAGGCUGCCUCAGAAAGUAAAGAAAAUUUCCACACAGAGCAGAGAAGCCAUAUUCUAGCCCGAGGCCCAAAUGCUGACAAAAUGCUUUGCACCUGUUGCUCCAACGUUACUCUCCUUGCAAAAAGCCGAGAGAGAAACUGGUUACUGAGUCAAGAGCCCAAUGAAGCUACUCCAGUGAGGAAAGUGAUCCAGAGAAACAACCAAGCAAAAGGAUACAGUGGAACAAAACAUUCACAGCUAAGCCAUCCUCAAAUGGAAAAUGUGCUCGUGCGAAAUCAUGCAGAUGGCGGGAACAGCGAGAAACUAGUCACAGGCAAGAAGAUGAAUAGUAAAGGUAUAGGAAACAGAGUUAGACAGGGAAAGCCAAGAUUGUGCAGCCAGAGGAAAAGAAUGUAUUCUGCCAGGAAAGAAAAUGGUUUGAAAUAUACUAGAGAAAACAAGAAACAAGAAGCAACAGGAAAAGGGUAUUCCAAUGCAGAAUACUCACAUAGGGAAAUGAGGGAAUCUGAUAGUAUUAGCUGGAGGCCUCUGAUCGUGAGUGAGAAAAAGAUAGGUAAGGUCCAAGAGAGAAAGGCAAAGAAAUCCAAGCUCGUGCUCCUCUCCCAUGAGAACAAACAGCCCGUGCCCAGUCUCCACGAGAGGACUGGUGCUAGAAAGAGGGAAGUUUCCAAGGGCAACCAUUGCUUCUGCUCCUCUCCAGAAAGUUCCUUUCCCCAAACCCAGAUAAAGUGGCUGGAUCUUUUUGAUAAUUACCCCCUGAGUCCACUCCCCAAGAAUGCCACAGCCUGUUGCCAAUUGUUUUUUGAUAGUGAGUAUUCUGAUUAAAAGUGGCCUGUAUGUAUUACCUGCUAUGGAAUUGUCCUUGUAAAACGUUACCAAAAAAUUCCCUUUGUAUAUUGUAAAUAGUAAUUCUAACAUCCUCCUGGAUCUCCCACUACCACCACCACUGAAGAGUUGUUUUAUGUUGUGGCAUUUGAGAUAUUCUGUAUUGAAGUAGAAAAAUAGAGCAUAUAUCAUUUA